AUGGAGGUAAACAUAAUUUCGACGGAUACUUCGGCAGUGUCCAACAAUGUCAACAAGUUAGACAAUAAAAACGACACUUGUGUAGAUGGCAUAGAACUCGACAAGCGCAACAAUGACACCCAGUGGGUGGAGAGCACUACUGUACACAUGCGGGAUGAGAGAAUAUCUUUCUGGAAACUGUUCUUGGACAACUGGAUUUAUGUGGUUACGUAUUGCAGCGUUUUUGGGAGUUUUGGAGUCUGUGUGGGAUUUCUGGGACCUACCGUGUUCGACCUGGGCUGUCAAACGCAUUCAGACCUCAAGCAGAUGAACUGGGUCUUUUUUGUUCAGCUGAUAAUGACCCUUGUCGGAUCCAUCUCAGCUGGCUGCAUGGCUGAUCG